UCUCGCCGCUCACUCGUCAGUCAGUCGCGCGUCGGAUUCAGAGAAUCAAACAACUGUCUAUUUCUAGUAAUUAACGCCAAAAAAUCAGAACAAUCAUGAGCACCAAUGAAAAUAACAGUGAAGUGGCCGUUGACAAGGUCGGAGACGAGAAGGUGGACGCGAAAAGUGAUCUAAAAGGAGCGAAAAGGGCAGCAGAGGAAAAAACGACAGAAGCAAAAAAGGCGCGAAAGGAAGAAAAUGGUGGGGGCGGCGAGGAUGAGCCACACAGUGACGAGGAAGAUUUAGAAGGAGAGGGUGAAGGCGAAGAGGAUGACGACGAAGACGUAGAGGGUGAAGAAGGCGAUGAGGAUGAUGAGGAAAUUGAAGGAGAAGACGAUCUCGAAGGCGAUGAUGAGGAGGUAGAAGAAGAAAUGUUAGGUGAAGAAGAUGAGGAUGAUGCGUAAUACGGCUCGUGCCUCGAUAAGGACAAUGUCACAGUGAAGUGUUGUGCUCGUGACGGCCCGGACUAGCGGCCUCGCCUCGCCUCAACUGUCUCAGCCCCAACCUUUGACAGCCACAUUCACAACAGUUGGGAACACGCGAGGCCGAUAACGCUCCCACCUAAAACGGGUGCAGUUUUAUUUAAAUGACAAAUGUAAUUAAUUAAGUCUAAUCCAAUGCAGAUUUUCAAUUUUUUACAAUGUUUAAGUUUGGUACCGAAGCCGUAUCUUUAUUUUAGCUCGCGGUGACGAGUUGUGUAAUUAAGACUUAGUAGAAUGCUGUUGAAUUUUGUCAUAAAAUGUACAAAUCUGUUUUCGGAAGUAAACGUAUUCUAAGUGAAACCCGCUCUGUAUUCUAGGUUUACCUACGAAUCCGAAAAAUGGUGAAAUUGUGAUAUUUUUCUAUGCAAUAGUCCUACCCGUUUGUAAUAAACAUGCCAAUAUGGCAGUACUAACGUACCUAGUGAAUAAGCAAAUUAUUCACAAAGCUCAAUUCUUCAUUUUCUUGUUGUUGAUGCGAGUUUGUGUGUACAUAUUUAGCGUAAGUGAAGCCUGUGAUUUUUUUGAUCAUAAUGUAACAUAGUGUGGUUGUUGCAUUCAGGUUAUUUACAUUUCAUUUCAGAAACUCCAUCCCACCUAUCCUUGUACUAUGUGAUGUGAAUUUUGUACAACCACUUCCUCGUGCGACUCUUAAAUUUCCCUGGGCCGUGAGUGUUAUUGAUGAAUGAAUUUUAAUAGUUUGAAGAUCGUCCAGGAACUUUCGGGCUGUACAAGGAAAUGUUUGUCAAGCAGCUAGCGCAGCACUGACAAUAUUACAUGGGCAUUUGACCUAAUAUUAAUUAAUAGAAAAAUAUCACAAUUUUACCAUAAUCUCGCAUUCACGCGCCAUUCAACCGUUUUGGCCGACCGAUAAGUGGCGGCGGGCGCGUAGAUAGCGACAAUACAAAACCGGCCUGUAAUCUAUGUCCAUAAUUGUUAAUUAGGAUAGUCCUCAGUUCGGUAUUCCAGUGUUUCACGAUUCGAAAUAAGAGAUUCCUAGGUUAAAGUGAUUUAGUAUGUAGAAUGUACGUCAUUUUUUAUGAGAGGACGCUACGGGGCCGCCGGGGCGGGGAGGCGAUGCGCGUCAUCCCCCCUCCGCGCGGCGGCCGGCGUGGCCUCGUUCGAUUUGCCGCGCGGCGUGGGCCCCCUCCCCGCGCUGCUGCCGCCCGGCCCCUGUACUACGGCACGCCAACGCGAUCCCUCGUGUGGAAAAUUACCCGCGGCGAACGUACAUUGCCGUUUAGCUGCAACGCGCAGUUGAAACUGCGAUGUAUAUGCGCCCGGCGGCGCGACAAGCGUCCGGUCAUCUAGACGCCGCUAGUAACAGUGUUUUGAUACCUACUUCUCGCUCGUCGAAGCUGUUUUCACUCCGUUCAGUCUUUCGCGGGUGCCAGUGGCGGGACGAAACGCCUACGGUACGACCGUAUGUCGAACACCACAUUCCUGGCCCCCGUGAGCGACCGCGAGAUGAUUAGAAAAGCAUUUAGAGGAUGUUCCAUUGGCGAUCGUAAACCAAAGGGAAUGUACGAUUAGAUGAAAUUGAAAUGAAAUCAAUAAAAUUAACUUAUGAGUAAAUCCUAUCGUCCCGCCUUUUCAUUUUGUGGUAAGAAUGAGCUGACGCAUAUUGUGUACUAUGUACGACUUAUGUGAAUACCUUAGUACGAUUUUAUUUAUUUGUGAUGUUGAACACUAUUGAUUUUCUACAAUGGACGAAAUGUAAAUACAACCGAUUUUAAGUAAAACGUUAUUUUGUU